AUGAAAUUUGUUCGUUAUUUACCUCCUUCACCAAAUUGGUACUCUGGUUGUGCCUCAUUGUGCGUAGAGUCUAACAUUUUUGCUUAUGCCUCUUAUGAAUCCAUUAUACUACUGGAUUCUGAUACAUUUGAGUAUGUUGGGACACUCAAAGGUCAUAAAGAUAAGGUUAAUGCAAUAUCAGUAGCUGGAAAUAAUUGCGCCUCCGGGAGUAAUGAUAAAACCAUAAAAUGUUGGAAUAUAACAACCAAAAAACCCAUUCAUUCAACAACUCUCAAGCAUGAUGUUUAUGUAAUAUCUUGGACUAAUGAUAAAAAAACCAUUGUAUCAG